CUAAUGUUAGGCAUUCGGUCUUGAAGAGACGCCGUCGCCGCGGAGCCGGUUGUGUUCCGAGCUGGCCGCCGGCAGUGGGGCGGCGGAGCAAACAUGAAUGUUGGAGUUGCCCACAGUGAGGUGAAUCCAAAUACCCGUGUAAUGAACAGCCGGGGUAUGUGGCUGACCUAUGCAUUAGGAGUUGGCUUGCUUCAUAUUGUCCUACUCAGCAUUCCUUUCUUCAGUGUUCCUGUUGCUUGGACCUUAACAAAUGUUAUACAUAAUCUGGGGAUGUAUGUAUUUUUGCAUGCAGUAAAAGGAACACCUUUUGAAACUCCUGACCAGGGUAAAGCAAGGCUCCUAACUCAUUGGGAACAACUGGACUAUGGAGUACAGUUUACAUCUUCACGGAAGUUUUUUACAAUUUCUCCAAUAAUUCUAUAUUUUCUGGCAAGUUUCUAUACGAAGUAUGAUCCAACUCACUUCAUCCUAAACACAGCUUCUCUCCUGAGUGUGCUAAUUCCUAAAAUGCCACAGCUACAUGGUGUUCGGAUCUUUGGAAUUAAUAAGUAUUGAAAUGUUUUGGAAUGGAACAAAAUUUUUACAGCUACUGAGUUUUCUGUAAGAAAGGAGUGGUUAGUAAACUGCACGUUUCCAUGAUAAUGUGAAAUGAGAUGUAUUUACAUUGGAGGGCCAGUUGCUGGUUCUUCAUAUGCUGUUUUGAAGUGCAGAUAUUUACUAGAAGAUGCUUCUGUAUAAUGCAUGUGGUAUCUUUCUGAAGAGAGGCUUUAUAGGCAGGCUGGGCAGGCCCAGCUUAUAAGUUAAAUGGCUGUAAAGUGAGGGUAUAGUAGAUAAAUCUAAGGAAAUAAGAGAUUUAUAAGACACCAAGACCAGUUUAGCUUAUAAUAAGUGGGCAUUAUGUUAGGAGAAGAAAAUUUCCAAUCAUUCAGUCAGUUUAAGCAGACAUACAUGUAAACCAGAAUCAUCUCUUUACAAGUUUAUUAUAGAUCAUUUUUAUUACUGUAUGUAUUCCUCUUAUGGUAUAUAAGAGGAUAGUUCCCUCUUGUUUUAUACUUGUUUAUACUUUAUGAUUGUACAUUUUUGGUUUUGCUGGCUCAACACUGUAUUAAAGGAUGAGGUCAUUUUUACAUUUAUUAAGUUACUGAGUUCAUGAAAGUCCACCUUCAUGACUGAUGAUAAGACAGCCAGGCAUCUUAUAAACAGCCUCUGAGUCAGCCUUCUAAUUUUGUAGCAGAGUGGGUUUUACUACCUUUCCAGACACAAGGCUGCUAAUCCAAUUAAGAAAAUAAUUUAUUUCACACAGUUAAAAUAUAUGGUAAUUUAAAGCUGUCUGCUUAUUUGGUUGAUAAUCUAAUUGUUAAAGUCUGCUAUUGUUUAGAAAAGGAAACAUAAAAUGGACAACUAUUUUAGCCGACCUGUGGUCUGGCAGAAACUGCUUCUGUAGCAGUAGUACAAGCAAAUAAUGGAGUCUUCUUUAGUGGGAUUGCAGUAAAAGACAACAUUGCCUUUUCUUACACCCCCUGCUCUCAAUCCCCAUAUUUUGCCCAUUAAUGUUUUGCCUUUCAAUACAUGGAUCUUAUUGUAGAUGAAGCCAAAGUGGUAACUCUUUCCAAAGCAGCAACCAUAUUGAAAUCUUGUGACAUUAAUUGCAAGAAAUAACUACUUGGAGAAGGAAACAUGUCAAAAACAAAGUUCUGAUAUGGGAUGAAACUGAAAAGUCCAGUAAUAUUUGUAAACAAAACUGAGUGAAAAGAGUUAUAGACCAACUGAAAAAUCAGUUUGUUUCAAUAAACUGACUUUUGGGGGGUAAUGAUCAUCGUUUUGUAUUUCAGAA